AUGAAACUUCCGGCUCUUGGUGGUUUUUUUACUCUGAGAAUGUUUGAAAUCGAUCUUGAUGAUUUGGGAGAAGGAAUUGAUCGUGAGUUUUGAAUAUCUUAAGUAGGUCAAAAAUUAUAUUUUUUGUAACCAAGACUUUUCUCACCUCCAAACAAAAGAAACAUGAAAAAUUAAUAACUGUGCCGGCUAAUCCAAAUAUAACAUAUGUAUGUAUAAAAAGGAGUGUCCCUUUAAAAAAUUGCACACAAAUCCUACCUAUGUCGAAAACGAGUAAUUAGGGGCUCUAUUUUCCUUUCCUGCUUGCCUAUAGUCUUCCUCUUUCCCUUCUUUCAUUCAAUUUUCCAUGACAACAAAAACCCCUCGAAAAUUGAUAAUUUAUAUUUUUGGCGCCAAAAAAUUAUUUUCAUAUUUUUCUUUUCUUUAUUUUUAUUUCUGGAUGAAUGAAUAUUUGUGUCCAUUGUCGUUUGCACUAUUUCUUUUUUCCUCAUUUUAAUUAUUCCUUAUUAGUUAAAAUAAAUUCGCGCGAAAAAGUGUGAAAAAUUUGUGGUGGUGGUGGAAAAACCGAAAACAAAAACACAAUGGGUGGUCAAGGGUGGCCACCCACUUCAUAAAUCCCUCUUUCAUUUCUAAUUUUCCAGAGUUGCAUAAAAAAGUAAUUCGAACCACAUUUCUGUUUUUCUUUCUUUUUUUCUACAUUUUUUUCUAGAAGGCAUCUUUGAAUGUGAGACUUUUUCCACAACACAAAAAUAUUUUUUUUUCUACGUGUGUCAGACAUAUUUAUAAAAAAAAGAAAGAAAAACACUAAUUGAAUGCCAUUCAUUUUUUCUAGCUAAAAAAUCACUAGAUUUACAGAAGAAGGAAUGUCGGAAAGGAAAACGACGGGAACACAAACGGUGAUUAUUAUAUCAUCACUGAUUUUGUUGAUUGUUGCACUGGGAUUGCAAGCUGGUGGUGUUAUGUCGCCUAGUUGGCAAGUUGUUGAUAUUCGCGAAUUUAGAGCAACACAUUAUGUAAGUUUUUUUCGGGAAUUCUUGGGAAGGAAAAUCUAAUUUUAGAAAUUAAUAUCAAGUUUCUUAUUGUAAUGUUUCAAUAAAAAGUUUCAAGAUUAAUGAUCAAAUUUGAAAUACCAUGAAAUUUAAGAUUUUCAAUCAUUUCCAAAUAUUCUGUCGAUUCCUCUUCCACAAAUAUUAGCUUCAAAUAAUUUUCUUCUUGUUUUCAGCACGGUCUUUGGCUAGAUUGUACUCGACCACAAUUACUACUUCAUAGUAGAAAUCAACGUCCAGAUGAUCUACCUCUUCAUUGCACAUAUAAAUUCGAUGUUUCCGCUACAGAGGUAUAUAUAUUUUCUAAUUUCCGGUGUACUUUAUGUUUUGCUCUAUUAUAUUUUUCAGAUCAUUGAUGAAAAUAUUGAAGACAUUGAUCAAAACAGUGCUGCAGGAGAAAGUGAACACCAUCAAUUUUAUGGUAAAAAUAUAAAAGAUCAGAGUUUUCUUACAAAGAUCAAUGAUUAUUUAAGGUUGGCACAAAUUCACUUUGGGAUUCAUGCUAACAGCAAUAACACUUGCCUCAUUAUCUCUUCUUUGUGGAAUUUGUGCUCCAUGUAAUUCGGCUCUUGCUGUUGUUUAUGCGAUCCUUGUUGCCUUAACAGGUUUGUUAUGCUAGAAGUAAAUGUUUUGAUUUAUGUGUUUUUUUUUCUAGUUUUCACAGCGGUUUGUGGUGAUGCCAUUUUCUUCUUUGCUGCUCAUCGAGUCGACAGUAGAUUUGUGCAAGGACUUGUUGGAACUUAUGAAGUGAGUUGAUUCUGAUAAAAAAGAUAACGUUUUUUUAAAAAUGAUUGAAACAUUCAGGAAAAUGAGCUAGGACUGACUUUAAUGGUGAAUUAUUAGUUUUUUCGUAUUUUAUCAACAAUCAAGGUUGAAUUCAUGAUUCACCUGAUUGAAUUAAAUUAUAAAGUCUGCAAUUUUCCAUUCCAAACAGUUCAAGUAGUUGGUUUUUAUCUCUAUAAAUUUUUCUUAGAUCUUGAUGAGAGAAAACACUAUGAUUAGAAAAAAUUAGUAAUGAAAAAAAAGCCAGAGUUCACAAAGAUUUAUUUUUCCCCGAAAACACAAUUCACAUAUAUUCAGAAUUUUGAUUUUAACUUCAUAUCAUAUUCCAAAAUGCAUUUUUCCAUCAAACGGUCUUUUCAGCAAACAAUCGGAAUGGCCUUCUAUCUUCACAUUUUCGGAUCUCUCAUCUCAUUCCUUGCCCUAAUCAUGGCUUCAAUCUCAGCAUAUCAACUUCUUCAAAACAGCGAAUCUGAUCGACAAUCACCAAUGCGUGAACUUGCUCCAUUACACGAACCACGUUUCGCUAGAGUCUAA